UGUAAUCAAAGUUUCGAAGUUGUACUAGUCUGUCGCUCUUGGAAAUGAAAAGAAAUGGAAUGUAAUCGGACUCUUUGACGUGACGUUGGAGGAUAUGAUUGGUGGGCGGCACUGAUAUAUAUUCGUCAGGCUUCAAUCCCACCUUCUCGCCAGUGGAAUUUCAUCUCAGCUUCUGCACCUUCAGGGCAGACGAGAACAUAAAAUAAGCAAAAGCUGGCAGGCUGACGGGAAAUUGCAUCUUUACAGGACGGAUUAUCUGGUAACUGACCAUUUAGCUGUGGCACACUCGGACUCUGUGUAAACGUGGGAUUUUGACCAUGAGCUCAGUCGCUGUACUUACGCAGGAAAGCUUCAAUGAGCACCGCAGUGGGCUCUUGCAAGAGCAGAGUGGUGCUGCUGGGGCAGGACCCAGUGCUGGAGAGGAGGAGGAUGCUCUUCCAACCUACAAGGACGCCUUCCCGCCUCUGCCCGAGAAGGCGGCAUCACCUGAGGGGACCCAGGAAACUGCCAACGCCUGGACAUCCAAGAUCCGUCCUCUGAAGUCUUCUGUUAUCACUCAGGUUUUUCAUGUGCCGCUGGAGGAGCGCAAGUACAAGGACCUCAACCAGUUUGGCGAAGGAGACCAAGCAAAGGUCUGUGUGGACAUCAUGCACAAGACCGGAGCCCACCUGGAACUCUCCUUGGCAAAAGAUCAGGGUCUCUCCAUCAUGGUUUCUGGAAAGCUGGAUGCCGUGAUGAAGGCCCGUAAGGAGAUUGUGUCCCGACUGCAGACUCAGGCCUCGGCUACUGUCGCCAUCCCCAAGGAGCACCAUCGUUUUGUCAUCGGCAAAAAUGGGGAGAAGCUUCAGGAGCUCGAGCUUAAGACUGCCACCAAAAUCCAGAUCCCACGACCCGACGACCCCAGUAACCAGAUAAAGAUCUCUGGUACCAAGGAGGGCUUGGAGAAGGCAAAGCAUGAGAUCCUGUUGAUCUCUGCUGAGCAGGACAAGCGUGCUGUAGAGAGGGUGAACAUUGACAAGGUGUACCACCCCUUCAUCACCGGUGCCUACAAUAAGCUGGUAGGAGAGAUGAUGCAGGAGACCGGUGCCCGUGUUAAUGUCCCCCCUCCAAGUGUGAACAAGACGGAGAUUGUCAUCACCGGGGAAAAGGAGCAGGUGGCCCUUGCUGUGACCAUGAUCAAAAAGAUUUAUGAAGACAAGGCAAACAGCUACACUGUUUCCUCAGUCACAGCUCCUUCUUGGCUUCAUCGUUUCAUUAUUGGCAAGAAGGGGCAGAACUUGGCCAAGAUUACCCAACAAAUGCCCAAGGUGCACAUUGAGUUCACCGAGGGAGAGGAUAAGAUCACCCUGGAGGGUCCCACCAAAGAUGUGCAGAUGGUGCAGGGCCAGAUUGAAGUCAUUGUUACAGAUUUGAUAAGCCGUAUGGACUACACAGAGAUCAGCGUGGAUCCCAAAUUCCACAGACACCUGAUUGGAAAAGGAGGUGUUAACAUCAACCGCAUCAAAGAGCUGCACAAGGUGACUGUCCGUAUCCCCCCUGACAACGAGAAAAGCAACCUGAUCCGUAUUGAGGGGGAUCCCCAGGGUGUACAGGAAGCCAAGAAGGAGCUGCUCGAGCUGGCGUCACGCAUGGAGAAUGAGCGUACAAAGGACCUGAUCAUUGAACAGCGUUUUCAUAGAGCCAUCAUUGGCCAAAAAGGGGAGAAGAUAAAAGAAGUGCGUGACAAAUUCCCAGAGGUCAUUAUCAAUUUCCCCGACCCAGCACAAAAAAGCGACAUCGUUCAACUUCGAGGCCCACGAAAUGAGGUGGAAAAGUGUGCAAAGUUCAUGCAGAAGAUAGUGGCUGAAAUGGUGGAGAACAGCUUUUCCCUCUCCGUCCCCAUCUUCAAGCAGUUCCACAGAAACAUAAUUGGAAAAGGAGGAUCAAAUAUCAAGAAGAUCCGGGAGGAAACGACAACAAGAAUUGACCUGCCUGCUGAGAACAGCAACUCGGAGAUGAUUGUCAUCACAGGCAAGAAGGCAAACUGUGAGGUUGCACGAAAUCGCAUCCUGGCCAUUCAGAAGGAGCUGGCAAACAUCACAGAGAUAGAGGUGUCCAUUCCCUCCAAGCUGCACAACUCCCUGAUUGGGUCAAAGGGCCGUUUUGUGCGCUCCAUCAUGGAGGAGUGUGGUGGCGUGCAUAUCCACUUUCCCACUGAGGGCUCAGGGAUUGAUAAGGUCACCAUCCGGGGCCCUGUGGAGGAGGUGGAGAAAGCCAAGCAGCAACUGCUUGCCUUGGCAGAGGAGAAGCAAACGAAGAGUCACACUGCCGAGCUGCGCGCAAAGCCAGAAUACCACAAGUUCCUCAUUGGCAAAGGUGGUGGAAACAUCCGUAAGGUUCGGGACAGCACUGGGGCCAGGAUCAUUUUCCCCACCGCAGAUGACAAAGACCAGGAGCUCAUCACUGUGGUUGGCACUGAAGAAGCCGUGCGGGAUGCCCAGAAGGAGCUGGAGGAACUCAUCAAGAGUUUGGACAACGUCGUCGAGGAUACUAUGAACGUCGAUCCAAAGUACCAUCGCUACUUUGUGGCUCGCCGUGGCCAAGUCCUUAGGGAUCUUGCUGAUGAGUAUGGUGGCGUGAUGGUGAGCUUUCCUCGCACGGGCACACAGAGCGAUAAGGUCACCCUCAAAGGAGCCAAAGAAUGCGUGGAAGCAGCCAAAAAGCGCAUGCUGGAGAUCGUUGAGGACUUGGAGGCUCAAGUUACCGUUGAGUGUGUGAUCACUCAGAAGUUCCACCGUUCUAUCAUGGGUCCCAAGGGCUCACGCAUCCAGCAGAUCACUAGAGAUCACAAUGUACAGAUUAAGUUCCCAGAGCGCGAGGACCAACAAGCACCUCCUGCUGAGGCGCCUAUUCAGGAGAACGGCGAGGCCAAUGGAGAGGUGAAAGAGCCCGUCGAUCCCAACGCACCCAAAAGGUGCGACGUGAUCGUAAUUUCCGGUCGUAAAGAGAGAUGUGAGGCUGCUGUGGAAGCACUGAAGGCCUUGGUUCCUGUCACUAUUGACGUGGAAGUGCCUUUUGAGCUUCAUCGUUACAUCAUUGGACAGAAAGGAAGUGGAAUUCGCAAGAUGAUGGAUGAAUUUGAGGUUAAUAUUCAAGUGCCUGCUCCUGAGCAGCAGUCUGAUAAAAUCUUCAUCACCGGCUUGGCCAAUCACCUUGACCGCGCCAAAGAGGGCCUCUUGGAGCGCGUUAAAGAGCUGCAAGCUGACCAGGAAGAUCGGGCACUCAGGAGCUUCAAGCUGACUAUCACUGUGGACCCCAAGUAUCACCCCAAAAUCAUCGGCCGGAAGGGUGCCAUUAUAACAACCAUCCGUACGGAGCAUGACGUCAACAUCCAAUUCCCAGAGAAGAAUGAUGAAAACCAGGAUCAAAUUACCAUUACAGGGUAUGAGCACAAAGCCAUAGCAGCACGCGAUGCCAUCCAGGCUAUAGUGGAUGAGCUAGAGGAGAUGAUCUCAGAGGACAUCACCCUGGACAGCAGGGUCCAUGCCCGCAUUAUUGGAGCCCGUGGCAAGGGCAUCCGCAAGAUCAUGGACGAGUUUAAGGUUGAUCUCAGGUUUCCCCAGAGUGGAGCUUCAGACCCAAACCUUGUGACAGUCACAGGUCGCCCUGAGCUUGUGGAUGAAGCCAUCGACCACCUUCUCAACCUGGAAGAGGAAUAUUUGGCAGAUGUUGUGGAGAAUGAGGCAAAAAUGGCUUACAUGAGGCCUCCUGGGGGAAGCGCUGCUGCCAUGGAUGAACAACGUGGGCCAUCCAAGGGCUUUGUGGUGAGGGAGGCUCCCUGGACCACUGGCAAUGAGAAGGCCCCUGAUAUGAGCAGCUCUGAAGAUUUCCCCAGCUUUGGAGCCCCAGUGGCAACCAAGACCUCUCCCUGGGGACCCAAGCGCUUCUAAGCCAUGCUGCUACAUAUGGGCCUGAACUAAACCGGACACAAUCUUCCCCUUCAUCGUCCCCCUCUUGACCUGGACUGACCGCUGACCCUAGAAGUCUUCAGUUCUGAGAAUGUCAUCCUUCUCUGUGUACUUAUCCUGGUCUGCCCUCAUAGAUUCAUCAGUCUAAAAGUGCUGUCAGAUACUGUAAUUGACUUGUGAGCUUUGUAUCUGCAUUAAAUAAUGCUGUUUUGCGCUAAAAAAAAA